AUUAAUUUCUUAUAAAAAGCCCUCACGGCAUCAAGUGUCCAUUCAAUUUCAUUACAAAUUUUGUUGAAUUUUUAAUUAAAAAUGAAAUUAUUAAUAAGUUUAGUACUCUUUAUAACCCUAGCCUGCUAUUGUCAGGGUUAUAGUUUUGUAAUACCGGCCAGAAUGGGCAUGCCUGGUGUUUGCAUGUUCAAUGGCAUGAUGCUACAACGUGGUGACAAUAAUAUGCCUUCGUCCUGUCAAAAUAUGCGUUGUAAUGAUGAUGGCACCAUCCUGGUGCAGGGUUGCGGCCAUUAUGAUAUGCGUGACUGUCGUGUUUUGGAUCCUAUAAAUCUGCACAAACCUUAUCCUGAUUGCUGUAAAAUGAAUUUCUUAUGUAAUAUGGCCAAUGGUCAGGUUUAUAAUCGGGCCGCUUCUCCCUUAACUCAGGCCAUAUAUGAGUAAUAAACCACCGAUGAGGAAAAGGAAAAUUUGGGAAAAGGCUUAAAUGACAAAAAAAAUAAUAAGUUUUAAAAAUAUUCAAUAAAUAAAAUUUAAUCUUAACUAGUUUUCAAAACUUCUAAAAACUACACCAAGCUCACACUUACACUAUAAUUUGCACAUUAAUUUGUUAUCUACGUUUAAAAUAAAUAUAUGCAUGUUUUAAAUCAA